AUGAGCUUCCCGAAUGGUAAGCUCUUUGAGCUCGUUUCUCCAUUUCCACAAGAAUUUCCGCAACGAGGUGGCUCUCGUGUACCCGCAAUGCAGACAAUACCAGUAGUGCUCGCCCCUGGCGAAAGCGCUACAGAUGACGAGGCGCUCUUUCAGCUAUGGGUGCAAAGGAAACGGAAAACUUCCUCACUUUAUAACUUACAGUUGAGCCACAAGGAAGUGGCCGUACGUGUAGAGCGACACCUCCGAUUUGAAUUUGCCAAACUCAAGGCACGGCGUCGACUUCCUUCAGAUUAUCGCUCUGCGACGUAUAGGUCAACCCCUAACGCUCCCGCGAGCUCUGUGUCUGCGACCGCAAGAGCUCAGGGCCACUGCUUGAGCUCAGCUCAUGGCCCUUCUUCUUCUCUGGUUAUUACCGGAAAGCGCCGGGCGUCUGAUGACGCGGGGCGUCCUGAUCUUUCUAAUCAAAAGCGUCCACGGCGUCUGGGUAAUCUUGCCGAAGUGGCGUCUCAAACUUUCACGAGUUUUAGGAGUCGGGAUAUCCCCGCCACUUCACCAGAUAUUGGUGGUGACGACGUCGUCCAACAAGAUGUUCCACGUGAUGAUGGACGUCACCGUUCUCAUGGAGAAGAGUCGGUGGCGGGCGGUGACGAACGGGUCGGCCGCCGUCCGGUGACUCGUGAUGCUCUUCGAGCCCUUGAGGUCGAUGUCCUUCGUGAUCAGAGCUCCGCUGAGCGUCAUGCUGAAGUAGCAUAUCGCUAUGCAGACGCUCUUGAGAAUUUGAAGCACGUCGUGCGCCGGCUGCCUCACCUUGAAGACUACCGCGCUCUGUCGGAGUAA